AUGGAGACCUACCACGGACACGUUCGCACGCCAAACGAUGCCAUCAUCCUGUUUGAGGCCUGCCGCAUCGGCAUACUACCGCGGGUACAGCGCCGCCUGUCCGAGAAGGAGCGCCAGCAGAUCAAGUCAGGCUCAGUAUUUGUAUGGGACGAGCGCGAGGCCGGCAUGAGGCGGUGGACCGACGGAAAAUCAUGGAGUGCCAGUCGCGUGUCGGGCAGCUUCCUCACGUACCGAGAGAUGGAGGGCAAGCGGGGAGGCAGCGCAGUUCCCACAGCCCCAGUAGCGAAGAGGGCGAGCGGAAAGUCGCCAGACGGCACAGGCUCAGGUGAAUCGGACGGCGAGGGACCAGACGGCUACCGGUACAAGCCGGAUGGUCUCAUGAAGCAGUCCUUCAGCAUCACCACCCAGAGCGGACAGCACCUCCACCUCAUCAGCUACUACUCGCGAUCGAAUUCCAACAACCUCCCACAACCAACCAACGAUGCGCAACUGCGGCACAUCCGCCCGCCAAAGAACAUGUACCCGGAGUCGGCGGUGAACGAGACCCAGACUGUGCCUGCCGUCACUCGCGGGCCCAUGCCUGGCUCACCAUACAACGCACCCGGACACAGCAUGGCACCUUCCUCGCCGUAUACCCGUGGUGGCCCUGUCGCACCCAUGUACGCGAUACCAAUGUAUCCUCCCACACCACCCAACGGUACACCUCCCAUGUACUACUCGCACCAGCCUUACUUCUACCCGGGCGUCGUCUACGCGCAGCCUCCAUACCACCCACAACACGUUUUCGACCGCCCGCCAAUGGCCCACCCUCACGCUCCUCAAGGCCACCAUCCCAUGCUGAUGCAACACCCCGCUUACGCAGCGCAUGCCGCACACGCUGCUCAACAAUAUAUGGCGACACCACCACUUCGCACACCAUCGACAGCUGAGCAAGCUCAACAGCAACACCUUCAACGUGCCAGUGCUCCUGCGCCUCCCCCGGGACCAACACCAUCAAUUCCCGAGCAAGGUCCGCAACUUCCAGCUAUCAACGGCACGGCCGCCGCAGCAGGUGCGAACAAGCCACCGACACCAGAGCCUUCCGACAAGUCCGAGUCCCGGGCAUCCGAGUCAAAUAGCACCGCCGCAGCCGCAGCAUCGAGACCGCUUCCUACACUGGGGUCGCUGCUCAACGGUGAAACCCAAGAUAAGGACAACCAGAACAACAGCCGUUCUGGUAGCCGUAGUCCUAACACUGCAACGAGGUUCCCCCGAGACUUGGCACCGGAGAGACUUGCUAAAAACAGCACCGCUGCCGAUAGCAGCGCGUUGAACAAGCUCAACAGCGUGUUCGUGCGAUCAUAG